UUUUCGAGGAAGUGGGUCACCGAAACGUAUUCAUUGGGAUGUGUUGACGGUCGUUCACACCUCAGCGUGCUUUUUAAGGGUUUAAAAACAUAAGAGAUAACCGGGACGACGUUGAAACCGGGACAGCUAACGUCGAGCAUACAGGACAACCGCGGAGCCUGUUACUGUGUCAGUUACUGCCAGCUACGUGGAUCACAGUAACAACAAGGGGGGAAAAUGUCGGGAGAGCCAAUUAUCAUCACACUGGAAACGGCCACCGGGGCCCAUAGUUCAUUCCCGGUGGUUUUGAAGAAAAUAAUGGAAAUGCCUCCGCCGAAUAUACUGGACGGCGACGAGGAAACCAAUAAAGAAAAGCUGUGUCUGGGAGAUGACGUCGACUUGGGUGGAGGAGGUGGUGAUAUGGGUCCUUCAGCUGCCCUGACCCCCGCUAUCUGGGAGAAAACCAUUCCCUAUGAUGGUGAAAACUUCCACCUGGAGUACAUGGAUCUUGAGGAGUUCCUCAUGGAGAAUGGCAUUCCCACCUUGCCUGAUGAGGACCCCCUAAAGGGCAGUCCAGAAAGAAGUGCAGUGAAGACAGAGAAACCAAAGGGAGCACAGAUAAAGGCUACCAAGUCACUGAGCCUGUCCAAAGAAGGCCUGCUGCCCAUUCAGGAACUGGACAAGUGUGAGGAGGAAGUUGUGAUAUCAUCUGACAUCAUCUGUGAUGUUACUACAGAGGUGACCACAGAAAAGGACAGAGUGACGCCCGAGCCCGUCAGCCCUGAUGAGAUCGAGGUUGAGAUCAACUACGAGCCAGAUCCCACUGACCUGGUCCUGUCCAGUGUGCCUGGAGGCGAGCUGUUUGACCCCCGCAAACACAAGUUCUCUGAGGAUGAGCUCAAGCCACAACCUAUGAUCAAAAAGGCCAAGAAGGUGUUCGUGCCUGAUGAGCAGAAGGAUGACAAGUACUGGCAGAGAAGGAAGAAGAACAACAUGGCUGCCAAACGCUCACGCGACGCCCGCAGGUUAAAGGAGAACCAGAUCACCGUGCGAGCGGCCUUCCUGGAGCGCGAGAACGCAGCGCUGCGGACAGAGGUCGCAGAGCUGCGGAAGGAGUGCGGCCGCUUCAAGAACGUCGUGGGCCGCUACGAAGACAAAUUUGGACAGCUUGAGGCGCCAGAAGACCAAUAGACAACACUUGAUUUAUUCAUUUAUUUUUCUAAUGAAUAAAUAAAUCAAACCAGUGGCGAUGGUAUGUGAAAAUGCUAGAAUCGAUCAGAUGAAGAAGAGGAGGAGAGCGUGUGUGGGGGUGGGAGUGAUGUUGCCAUGGAGACGAAAUGGCAUUUUUUUUUUUUUUUUUUUUUUAACCAUCCAUGUGAAUGAGACGAGCGUGAGAGGACAUUCAAGUGCUUCUUCAGUGCACCUCUUCGAUGAAGUGUGUGUCUAUCAUGUUUUGUAUGCCUUUAGCCGAAUGAGAUCACUCAUGAUGUUUAUUUUGGACAAACCAUGGGUUUUAGUUUCAGUUUUUCAAAUGAUGUAGGUGGUACAGCAACAGUUAAGACCAGACUGACCGCGAUUGUUAUAGUGUUGUAGAAAUAAACUGAUCUCCAGGUUGCUUUCAGUUCUUUCCACAUUUUAUUGAAUUAGGAAACCCACUCGUUCCUUUUUGUUUUCAAACUUAUAUUAUUACGUGGCAGAUUGUGUGAAGAGCUGGGCUUUUCUUUGCCCACUAAAACUUUUAACUGUGACAUUUCCAAUAACCUAAGCUUCUUCAGGGGAUUGCAGUGUCGUGGCAAAAAAAAAGUGCAGCCAUGUUCACUUCUCUUCAUGUACGAUUAGUUACGACCAGCAGCACAGAGCUGUGUGCAAACGCUCUGCUCUCAGUGUAUGUCUCACUGUCCCUCGUGCUGUUUCUGAUGCCCGCUUUGCCCUGGACAGGUGGUCCAUGUUGACUCAUCCAUCAGUAACGCUUCAGAAGUGUUGUGUGUAGAAUCCACUGAUGCAUGUACUGUAAAUUGGUGUAGCCUAAAAUCAGUGCAAGUCAAGUUUUUGAACUACUGUUAAGUAUGGGAUAAAUAUCAAGCAUUGUGAUUGUAAAUUUCCCAAGUUCAAGAGCUAACUGUGUCCCCCUGGUGAUCUGACAUUUGCCUCCAUAAUGACCAUCUUAAAUGUCUGAAAAUCCGGCAGGCAGGACUUGAGCUUGCUCCUCAUUAAAGGCAGUUGGAAAUGAAAUGUUGGACUGGUUAAGCCUAAAAUCUCCCCUGCAGUGCCACCAUCAGCUGUGAGACCAAUAUGAAGCCCGUCUGCUGAUUACAAGCUCAUACUUGUCAUUAGUCACAAUAUAUUGCUUGAAAUGAACAGACACAAAACUAGGUGUUCAAAAACUUAAACUUGUAACUUAAGCAUACGUGCUUUUAGAUAGUAUCAGCUGUCAGCUUUUUAGGAUGUGCUGAUAUCACCCAACUUAUUCAUUUGUUCAUUCAACUGGUUUUUAAAGUAAUUUUUUGACAAACCAGGAAGCCUCAGUAGGUGCAGACUGUAUCAGGGGGUCUCUUUCAUCAACAAGGAACCCCCAGAACUCUUAAAGCCAUUUCAAUGCAGUGCGCGGUGUGCCAGUUUACAAAGGGGGGGGGGGGUUGACUUCACAAAUUAAAGUUGGAACUUAAACCCAGGAUUAUUUUACUGUCCACUUCUGACAAAGAGGGGAAACUGCUAUUUUGUUCUUUUGCUGCUGUGCUUCCAUCCAUAGACAUCGUGACUUUUUACCAAAAUGUUACGGUGUUUUUUCUUUUUUUUUUAUGUGUCCAUAUGUAAACAAUUUCACUCAAGGAAAAAAUCCUCUAAAUUUCAACCGAUGUAGGUCCUUUUUAGAUAUUACACCCUGCAGUAAGCCUCCAUCUGGUCUUACAUUGUGCUUUUUUGUUCUCUUUCUUGUGGAGGAAAACUAUAAGUCUUUUUUCUUCUUCAACUAAAUGUUAUUCAUCCAGAAUGAGUCACAUCUUCAUCAUAAGGUCUCUGAAGUGUCAUUUUUAGAUUAAAAUUUUACUACAAUUCUAACAAGAAUGAUGAUGAGCUUCCUGACUCGAUUUUUUUUAUGUUUUCUGCUGUAAUUAUAUAUAAUAAAAUAAAGAUAGCAUCAGC